AUGACGAAUCUGUUCUCACCUCCAGGUACCAGCAGCGCGGAGGUGAAGGAGAACCGGAACGUGGGCAACCUGGGCGCUCGGCCGCUGCCCGCCGGGGACCGAGCGCCGGGCGCGAAACGGAAGCGGCCGCUGGAGGACGGGAACGGGGCCCACGUCUGCAAGCUGCAGCUGCUCUGGAGGAAGCUGUCGUGGUCCGUGACGCCCAAGAACGCGCUGGUGCAGCUGCACGAGCUGAAGCCGGGCCUGCAGUACCGGACGGUGUCGCAGACGGGCCCGGUGCACGCCCCGGUCUUCGCGGUGGCCGUGGAGGUGAACGGGCUCACCUUCGAGGGCACCGGCCCCACCAAGAAGAAGGCCAAGAUGCGCGCGGCCGAGCUGGCGCUCAAGUCCUUCGUGCAGUUCCCCAACGCCUGCCAGGCGCACCUGGCCAUGGGCGCUCAGAGCCCCAGCACGGACUUCACCUCCGACCAGGCCGACUUCCCGGACACGCUCUUCAAGGAGUUCGAGCCGUCGGCGCCGCGCCAGGGCCUGCCCGGUGGCCGCCCGGGGGACGCGGAGCGGCUGUCGUCGGCCUACCGGCGCGGGCGGCUGCUGUGCCGCGCGCUGGACCUCGUGGGCCCCGCGCCCGGCCCCGCCGGCGAGCGCAACCCGGUGGUGCUGCUGAACCAGCUCCGCGCCGGCCUGCGCUACGUGUGCCUGGCGGAGCCGGCGCAGCCGCGCGCGCGCAGCUUCGUCAUGGCCGUGAGCGUGGACGGCCGGACGUUCGAGGGCUCGGGGCGCAGCAAGAAGGUGGCCAAGGGCCAGGCGGCGAAGGCCGCGCUGCAGGCGCUCUUCGACAUCCGGCUGCCCGGCCACCCCGCCAGCAGGAGUAAAAGUCACCUCUUGCCGCAGGAAUUCGCCGACUCCGUGUCCCAGCUGGUCAUGCAGAAGUUCCGGGAGGUGACGGCCGCCCUGCCAUCCGUGCACGCCCGCCACAAAGCGCUGGCCGGCAUCGUCAUGACCAGAGGGACCUUCCUCAGAGAGGAGGGGAGAGCUGCACCCCCAGACGCUGCAGCGGACAAGCAGCGUGCGUGCCGGGCUUCCACGCAGAGCCUGGCGGGGCUGGGCCAGGUGCAUCUCACGGGGGAGGAGCUGCAGGCACGGGGGCGCCUCACCCUCAGAACCAUCUCUGAGGGCCUCACCGGAGUCAGCAAUCUGUUCUGCCACGCCACUGCGGACAGCGCUCCUGCGGUGCAGAGAGAGCCUGGCCCGGGUCACAGGCCCGGAGGCAAACUGGCCGCUGAGAAACCGAGGCCCGAGGCCGGGGUUCACCGGGAGCUGCUGUCCCCUCGCGGUGUCCCCACCCUGGGGCCACGGGCACCCGGCUCCCCAGCCCGCCUGCCCGGCGCCGGCGGCCGCGUACCUGAGGUGCAGCUCGAGCUGCGUGUAGAGGAAGUGCAGGAAGGCGCGCCGGGCCACCACCUCCGCGUGGCAGUCGUUGACCACCAGCCCCUGGUCGCUGAUGUGCUCCCCGCUGAUGCACUUGGUGCCCGAGGACAGGACCACCACCUGCGCCUGCCGCACGUCCAAGCCUGCGCACACCCAGAGCGGCCACUCUCGAGUCUCUGCAAGCGGCGGGAGGACGCGGAGCGCUCGGUCUUCGCGCGCGCCAAGGACGGCGGCGGCUACCGGCUGCGCGACAACGUGCUCUUCCACCUGUACGUGAGCGCCUCGCCCUGCGGCGACGCCAGGCUGCACUCCCCGUACGAGAUCGCCACAGACCGUAAGCGGCCGCCCGUUGCCUUCCCCGACCGACCGACAGCCCCUCCCCGUGGGGGUCCCCGGCUGUCUCCCCCCCUCCCCGUGCGGUGGCGGGGCGGCGAGGGUGGACGCGGGUCACACCUGAGACUGGCCGGACAGUCGCGCCUCCGAAGUCCGGAACGCCCAGAUCCCGGGCAGAAAGUAGUUUGGGGUCUAAAACCAGCUGCUGAAUGGCCUGGACAGGUCUUUGAGGAGUCGACGCCCGCCGGAGUCUCUGCAGAAGCUGAGCGGAGCCCUGUGGCAGGAGCCCCUCCGCUGGUCUGUCCCGAGCAGCAGCGACAGGUGCCGCGGACCCGGGGCUUUGAUCUUGUGCCGGUCAUCAUCAUAAUCACCAUCAUCACCAUCAUCACCACCUUCAUCACCACUUUCAUCACCAUCAACACCAUCAUCAUCACAAUCAUCAUCACCAUGAUGUUAAUCGUCACGAUUAUCAUCAUCAUUACCAUCAUCACUAUCAUCACCACUUUCAUCACCACCAUCAUCACCACCAUCAUCACCACCAUCAUCAUCACCAUCACGAUUAUCAUCAUCAUUACCAUCAUCACUAUCAUCACCACCUUCAUCACCACGAUUAUCAUCACCAUCAACACCAUCAUCAUCACCAUCAUCAUCAUGAUGUUAAUCAUCACCAUUAUCAUCAUUACCGUCAUCACUAUCAUCACCAUCAUCACCACCUUCAUCACCACCAUCAUCAUCACCACCAUCUUCACCACUAUGAUCAUCACCAUCAUCAUCACCAUCAUCACCACCAUCAUCAUCAUAAUCACCAUCAUCACCACCAUCAUCACCAUCUUCACCACUAUCAUCACCAUCAUCAUCACCACCAUCAUCACCAUCAUAAUCACCCUCAUCACCACCACCAUCACCAUCAUCACUGGACGUCCGUCGGGCGGAGCCGUGCAGACCUGGGACGGCGUCCUGCUGGGGGAGCAGCUGGUCACCAUGUCCUGCACGGACAAGAUCGCCAGGUGGAGCGUGCUGGGGCUGCAGGGUGCCCUCCUGUCCCACCUCAUCGAGCCCGUGUACCUGCACAGCGUGGUCGUGGGCAGCCUGGGCCACACCGGCCACCUCUCCCGGGUCCUGAGCCACCGGACGGAAGGCAUCGGCCAGCUGCCAGCCUCCUACCGGCACCACCGGCCCCUCCUCAGCGGGAUCUCACGAGGCCGAGCUGCGCAGCCGGGAAGUCCCCGCACUUCAGCGUGAACUGUAUCCGGGGCACGCGACCUGGAGGUCGUGGACGCCACAACCGGGAGGAGGAGCUGCGGGGGCUCGUCCCGGCUCUGCAAGCACGCGUUCUCGCGCUGGUCCCAGCUACUCGGGAGGCUGAGCACACGGACCCCGAGCCUCGGGGACACGCCAUCCACGUACUGCGAGGCCAAGCGGGGAGCGCACACCUACCAGGCUGUGAAACAGCAGCUGUUCAAGGCUUUCCAGAAGGCCGGCCUGGGCACCUGGGUGAGGAAGCCGCCCGAGCAGGACCAGUUCCUACUGACGCUCUGAGUCUCCGACCCCUCGGCCGCUCGACCAGAGCGAGGUGCCCGGAGGGGACGAGGCCAUGUGUGUGGAGCAACGUGGCGUGUCCGUCGGUUCUCUGUAUCUGUGUGCCCUGGUGUUCCCGACACACACGCGUGCUCCGUGUUUGGACAGGCAAGGAGGCUGGAAUUCAGGGCGUGCCGCUUCCCCCGGAUGGCUGGUGCCCAGGGUCCCCACGCGUCAUGCCGGAGCCACCAGCGCUGCCCGGCGAGGUCCGUCUCCCCAGGGAGGGGGGUUCUCUGUCCGGGCGGGGGGGAGGGGCUGAGUCGU